AUAAAACUGUCACGUGAUAUAAAAUGGCCGAAGGGGAGUGUUCCAGUGAUAACUUAAUAAUUUUAUAAUUUUUUGAAUGCUGCAUUUGGUAUAGAUUUAUACUUAAAGAUAUGUAAAAUGCAUUUUUCAAUACCAGAUACUGAAGAAGUGAAAGAAGGAUCAGUCUCAUUCACGAUAUACAAUAUCUAUAUAAAUGGAGUUUUCCACUGCAAGGCCAGAUAUAAACAACUGAGACAAUUUCAUGAUGAGUUGAGAAAGGAAUUUGGUUCUCUGACUUUGCCAGAAUUCCCUAAGAAAAAGCUUCUGGCAUUGUCACCAGCUGAAAUUGAACAGAGGCGUGCUACGUUGGAAAGGUACAUACAGCUUGUAAGUCAAGAUCCCCAAAUUGGAAACAGCUCAUUAUUCAAUAAUUUUCUCUUGACUGCUCAGCAGGAAUCCCAAACUGAAGAAGCAGAACGGGUGACACUUGAUGCAUUCCUUAUGAAUGGCCACAAGAUUACAGUCAACAUAAUGUCCACUGACCAAACUGAAGAUGUAUUAGAGGCUGUUGCUCAGCAAAUUGAAAUACCAGAUGACUUUGUGCAUUAUUUUGGUCUGUAUCUUGUGAAGAAAGAAGACGAUGGAGAUAACUCCAUUGUUAGAAGGUUCCAAGAAUUUGAAUCCCCUUAUCUUUCUCUAAAGGCAGCCAACAAAGAUGGUGUACACAGAAUUGUUUUAAGAAAAGGAUACUGGGAUUCUUCAUAUGAUGAUGACUUACUGGAGAAUAAGGUAACCAUGAAUUUGUUAUAUGUGCAAGCUAACAACGAUAUUGAGCGUCAGUGGAUCCUUGCCACAAAAGACCAACUCAACCAUCUGUCUAACUUGAAGAAGAAAGGCUCAAAAAGAGAAUUUCUCCGCCUGGCGCGGACUUUGAAAUAUUAUGGCUACAUGCAAUUCAAACCUUGUGUGACUGAUUACCCUCAGCCCAAUACCAGGGUGAUUGUAUGUGCUGGCCAGAAAGAGUUAAACUUUCGAGUAAAUAUUGAUGGUCAGGUGAAGGAAGGCAGUUUUAAAAUAACUAGAAUGAGGUGCUGGAGGAUCACAAAUGUUCAAAACACUGAUGCUAAUGCAAAUUCCUCAACAUCUGUAAAGUCACAACUGGAAUUAUCAUUUGAAUAUCUCAUGUCUCGAGAUUCACUUCAGUGGAUAUCUAUCACAACAGAUCAGGCUAUGUUAAUUAGUAUGUGCUUACAGAAUAUGGUAGAUGAAUUAAUUAUGAAGAAACAAGGCAAAAAAUUCAAAAAGUCCACGGACAGACUCAAGCUCAAUAAAAACUCUGGCCCAUUUAAACCCAUCUCAAGAGAACUAUCUUAUGGAGUCGAUAAAACAUCACAAGAGCCAACAAGAAAACCGGUGAUUGCAGCGCCUGAAGACCAAAGUGCAAUUACAAAAGCUAUGGACUCUGUCAAAAAAAUGGGUAAAGGUGGACCCAAACAGGAGACACUAACAGAAAAUGAUGCAUUUGAAGGAAUAGGCGAUGAAGACUUAUGAGUCAAUGAAGUCUUGGAAGUCACUGCAAUGCCCAGUGGCCCUGAAGUUUUUAUUUUCUUUCACUUCUACUUGCUUUGAUUAAAAUACUUUGUCGAAAUCAGAGCUGAGAAAAAAACUAUUAAAAUAGCAAUUAACUUAUCCUUAAUCACAUCAUGCCAACCUUUUGUGUACAUAGCUAAAUAAUAAUAUAUUAAAUUAAUACUUAAUAUGAUUAUUGGUAUAUUUUAAUUACAAAAUAAAUUUAAUUAGAUGUCCUUUUAUUGUUACAUUAAAAUAUAUGUACAUUUAUAUCUUAUAACAUGCCAUAUGUCUGUGCUCGCUUUUUGUCAAUGAAUGUUUUUCUAUCUACUUAUGAAAAAAAAACCUACGGUGUUCAUUUUUUUAAUCAAUGUGGAAUAUUUUAUUUGUUUAUGUAGAGAAAAAAAAAGUUUAAAUUAAUAAUAUUGAAGGCACUGAAAAUUGUCCCAGAAAAUGGUUUUUAAAUUUCCGGUUUAUAAAUACACUAAUUGCAUAAAGUCUAUUUAGAUAGUAUUUUAUGAUUAAUGUACAUGUACUGCUGAAACAGAGAUACAUAGUUUUUUUUUUUGCUUUUGUAGUUGAUGUUGCCUCAACCUAAGAGGAUUGCCAAAUAAGGGGAGGGAUUCUUGUGUGUACAAUCCCUUGGUAGCAUCUGUCUAAUACAUUUCAUGGUGAGAGCAGAAAGAGUCUUUUUCAAAGCCAGUCAUAGGCAAAUGGUGGUGGUAGCAACUUAGCAUGGCAUGGUUUAUCAAGUUGCGAUUUUUUGUUUUUACUUUAUCAUUCAAAUGUAAAUUUUUUUUUAUUUUUUUUUUUGUUGUGUUAUCAAAAUGUGUAAAUAUUUUGAUAAAAUGUGGCUGCAUAUCUUCUUCAUACUAAUUUGAUCAAUGCUUAAACAAAACAUCGAAGAAAAUAAAAAGGUCCUUUUUAUGCCUUGGAUAGUAGCUGAUAAUGUUUCUCCCCUUUAUUCCUAUUUGUAAAUCUGAAACUUCUUGUCUCACCUUUGGUAAACCAUUAACUAAAAUUAAAAAAAAAAUGUUUUAGCUUUGUUAUGAUUGCUAUCAGUUAGCACGAAACAUAUAAACCUAUUUGUGUAAUAAAACAAGAAUGUUUAGUUUCUUUUAGAACUACAUAUGAUUGUUGAUUGCUGAGAAACAAAAUGAUGAAUAAGCUCUCUCUCAGUUUAUCAGAGCAUCAGGCUUAAAAGGCAGCUUCUGUAUUCAAAUGAGAGUAAUCUUUUGAACCACGUUUAAAUUAUUAUUUUUUUCCAUCAAAAGCAUUCCUGUUUUUUCUCUGUUGUCAUUGGAUAAAUCCAAUGCUUUUUUUUUUGUUUCUUUCCAUUGGUUAACAAACAUCAGGUGCCAUUACUAUUUAGUUAUGAGCUUGCUUAUACCCAGCUAAAUGUACAGGAAGUGAGUCUUUUUCAUCAUGCAUACAAUAUGGACACAUACUGGUCAUUAAUAGUUUUUCUGAUUUCACUGCAAAUAAAUUCUAAUGUUUCUAAAAUAAACAAAUGUAUACAAAAAAAGGCUUUUUAACUGCACAAUAAAAAAAAAAAUACAUAUAAUCAAUUAAAUGUUAAAUUUCUCACUAAAACUUAAUCACUGUCAUCUGUUCUUUGUUUAAACUUUUGAUUUCUAAUAUCCUGUUAAUGUUUAUUAAGCAAUAGCAUUCAAUAAGAGAGAGAGAAAAAAAAAAGAGGAAGUGAUAUGAAGAAAGGUGGGGAUAUAAUGGAGCCUAAAGAAAAAAUAUAAGAAAAUGAAAAGAAGAUUGGGAGAGA